GUCUUCUCGGGAUGACGGAGUGAAACCUGCUAUUAUAAAAGCCGGGCCUCCCCGGCCCCGGGGAUCAGUUCCCCAGGAGACGCCGCCCCGGUCAGCUCGAUUGAUUGACGGAUCGACAGCCUGCCUAACCAUGAGCAAAAACUACAUGUCCAAGUUUGACGAGCUCCACAAAGGAGACUACCUAAUGUCCAACAACCGUGAGUGGAAGGCUGUGUUUCAGGAGGACGGUAACUUUGUGAUCUACGGCUGGAAGCAGAUCUGGUCGUCUGACACCGCUGGCGCACGAGACGCCCACCGCCUCAGCCUGCAGGAGGACUGCAACCUGGCCAUGUACAAGAAGGACAACAAGAUGGUGUGGCAGACCAAGACCCAGGCGCCCGGCGCCUUCAAGAUGUGCCACCUGGGCCUGCGCAACGACGGCGCCAUGGUGCUGGAGCGGGACGGGGAGGAGGUCUGGUCCUCCGCCACGUCUAAGGGCCAGAAGUGA